AUGGAAGAACCUGCAAAUGUGUCAUAUAUUUUAACACUUCCAGGCUACAACCUCCCUCCUGAUGCUGUCAUCCCUGCUUUCCUUUUCGCAUCCCUGGGUUAUAUGAUCAUCCUGUUCUGCAACCUUCUUCUUAUAAUCACCAUCAUCGGAAAUAAGAGCCUCCACCAGCCCAUGUAUCUUUUGUUGCUUAACUUGCCCAUCAACGAUCUCAUCGGCACCACUGCACUGUUUCCACAGAUUAUCAAACAGAUUUUAUUAGACGUCAAAACGUUACCACACUCAACUUGUGUCACUCAAGCAUUCUUUGUUCAUGUGUAUGGAACUGGUGCUAUUUUUAUUUUAACUGCUAUGGCAUAUGACAGAUACAUUGCCAUAUGUUGUCCAUUGAAGUACAAUGUCAUUAUGGCUAACAGCCACCUGAUGAAAGUCAUAACAGUGAUGUGGCUGAGCAACUUUACUCUAAUUAGUGUUCUCUUCUACCUGUUGCUUCGUUUACCCCGUUGUAGGUCUCUCAUGGUAAACACCUAUUGUGACAACCCCUCAUUGCUGACACUGGUCUGUGCAGAUACAAGCAUCAAUAACAUCUACGGUUUAUUCACUGUGGCUUUUACACAGGUGAUAGCAAAUGGGACAGUUCUGUACACAUAUCUUCAGAUCCUUGUUGCAUGUUUCAGAAACAAGGGAUCUGAUACGAAAAACAAAGCUUUACAGACUUGUGCCACUCAUCUAAUUGUUUUUCUUCUUCUUGAAUGUCUGGGUCUUUUCACAAUUAUUUCCUACAGACUAAGACAUAUUCCCCUGGAUCUAAGGAGACUUAUAGGGGUCUCAACAUUAAUUUUUCCUCCAAUACUGAAUCCUAUCAUAUAUGGUCUAAAAACUAAAGAGAUUAGAGAAAGGGUGAUACACAUGUUCAAGAGCAAAAUAUUUCCCUCCUAG